AUGAGUAAAAAGUUCAAGACAAAAAGCAUGAUUGACAAAGGCCUUAAUUAUACGGAUAAUGAUUCAAUUAAAAACUAUAAUCAUCCAUAUGAACCUUAUCACAUCCAAAUGCUAUUGAUGGAUCAUAUAUAUAAAUUACUGGAUAAUGACGAACAACAUAGUAAAAUUGGAAUAUUUGAAAGUCCAACGGGCACUGGGAAAACCUUAUCUUUAAUAUGUUCAACUAUGACAUGGCUGAGAAAUAAUAAAAAAAAAGCCUUAUCCUCUUCAACAGAAAGCAUCACUGCUUCGUUGAAUAAUCAUCCUGAUGACGAGGACACUGAACCAGAAUGGGUUAAACAAAGCUAUAAAGAUGAUAUUUUAAAUGAAAAAAUAAAUAACUUUAAAAUUUUAGAAGACUCCAUAAAUAAAUUUGAAAAAACAAUUUCUAAUGGACAUUCCAGUAGUGCAGUGUUUAAUAGUUUAAAUGAAACACAAAAUUUGGGCAUAGUGAAAAAAAGAAAAUUGCAGCAUAUAGAUAUACAAAUAUCAAAAGAUGAGUCCGAUACUAACGAGGACAAUCAAUUUAUCUUAGAUAAUAAUGCUGUUGAAGACACUUCAAAAACGAAAAUCCAGCUCGAAAUUCAAACGUUAUUGAGCAAACUGGAUGAUAAAAAUAAUAAUAAUAAUAACAUUACAAACAACCUACAACAACCUAUACAAAUAUUAUAUGCAUCCAGGACACAUUCUCAAUUACAGCAGUUUUCAUCCCAAUUGACUUUACUAGAACACAAUAAGACAAAGUUCCCCUCGUCUAUAUUCCCUGUAAGCAAAGAAAAAAUAAAGUAUCUACCUCUAGGAUCUAGAAAACAAUUAUGUAUAAACCCAAAAGUUACAAAACUUAACAACACAGAACUAAUUAAUGAGGCUUGCAAAAACCUAAUACAAUCACAUGACUGCGUCUAUUAUGAAAACAUAGAUAAUUUACCCAUGGAAGCUAUUUUUAAUGAAAUUAUUGAUAUUGAAGAUUUAAACGAGCUAGGUAGAAAGUAUAAAAGUUGUCCAUAUUAUUUUAAUAGGCAUAUAAUUAAUUUGGCAGAGAUUAUUACCUUGCCAUAUCAAUUAUUAUUAAUGGAAUCCGCUAGAGAAAGUUUAAACAUACAUCUAAAAAAUUCUAUAAUUAUAAUAGAUGAAGCACAUAAUCUAAUAGAUACAAUAAUGGCAGUUAACAAAUCUGUUGUUAAUUUGAGUGAUUUGGCAAUAUGUAUCUCUUCUUUGAAACUGUACCUAGCAAAAUUUAAAAAAAAGUUGAACGCUUCCAACAGAGUUAACCUGUUAAUCCUAAUUAAAUUUCUGAACAACCUGUGCAAAUUUAUCGUAAAAAAUUUUAAAAUAAAUAAACAGGUCAAUCCAAAUGAUAUUUUACAAUAUGAAAAUUCGGAUAAAAUUAAUUUCCAUGAUUUGUUAGCUUUCAUUAAGGCAACAAAAUUGCCCUAUAAGUUGCAAUCAUACAUUAUGGAGCAAGAUAAAAGUCAACAACAAAUCAAUAAGGGAACGCCUCUGCUAUUUAAAAUUUCUAAAUUUUUACAAUCCUUAACUAAUCCAUCAGUAGAAGGUGUAUUUUAUUUUUCUGGGGAAAAUCAAUUAGAAUAUAUGUUGUUGGAACCAAGUGAGAUUUUUAAGUCUAUUACUGAAAAUUGUUUUAAACUUAUUUUGUGUGGUGGUACCAUGGAACCAAUGAAUGAGUUUAAAGAAAAAUUAUUUCCAUAUGUACCACCUGAAAAAAUUAUGACAUUUAGUUGUGAUCAUGUUAUCUCAGAUAACAAUUUACAAGUUUUCAUCGAAAAGGACAGUGCUGUUAAUGAUAUAAAUCGUUCUAUUUUUGAGUUUACCUUUGGGAAAAGAAAUGAUUUUAAAAUGUUAGAGUCGUUGGGGACAUAUCUAUUGAAUUUAUUUAAAGUUAUUCCUGAUGGUGUAGUUUUAUUUUGCCCUAGCUAUCAGUUCUUACAAACAUUAAUGGAUUUCUGGCAAAAAUGCCCAAAUGACCAUUUUUUCAAGUUAAAUCAAUUGAAAAAAAUAUACUCUGAAUCAUUUACAAAAACAAAUACAAGCGAUUCUCCACUAAACAAAUACCAGGAGAGAAUAUUGAUCGAUCGGAAACCAGCCGCUCUAUUUGCUGUUGUUGGUGGGAAAUUGAGUGAGGGAAUAAAUUUUCAGGACAAUUUAGCAAGGGCGGUCAUUAUGAUUGGUUUACCAUAUCCAAACAUUUUUCAAAGUGAUAUGGUUAUUCAAAGGGAACACAUCAUGAAUAAGUAUUCCGACAACAAAAAAUUGGCAAUAACAGAAACUAAAAAUUAUUUGGACAAUAUAUGCAUGCGUGCCGUUAAUCAAAGUGUUGGAAGGUCUAUCAGACACGUCAACGAUUAUUCAUGUAUCUAUUUGUUGGAUAAAAGAUAUAACAACCCCAAUAUCAAAAAUAAACUAAGUGGGUGGGUUAAAAAAAGAAUUGUUACUGAUAAUUAUCAAUAUAAAAACUUGUCUUUGCAGGAAUAUGAUGACAAAAUAAUAAAUUCAACGAGAAAAUUUUUUUUCCAGAAAAAAUUGGAGUAA